AUGGAUUUGGUCAAUCACCUCGAAGGACGGCUAUUAUUUGCCGUGCCCAAAAAGGGCCGCCUCCAACAAGCAACCCUGGACCUCCUCUCCGGCUCCGACAUCCAAUUCCGCCGCGAAACCCGCCUUGACAUCGCCCUCGUCAAAAACCUCCCCAUCGCACUCAUCUUCCUGCCUGCAGCCGACAUCCCAACCUUCGUGGGUGAAGGACGCGUCGAUCUCGGUAUUACGGGACGUGACCAAGUCGGCGAACACGACGCAGCUCUCCCUGAAGGCGAAGAAUCCGGCGUCGCCGAAAUUUUGGACCUCGGUUUCGGAGGAUGUAAAUUGCAAGUCCAGGUUCCUGAGAAGGGAGCUAUCACAGAGGCGAAACAGCUGGUUGGCAAGAAUGUGGUGACUAGUUUUACGGCCUUGUCGACGCAGUUUUUUGCGGGGCUUGAGGGUGUGAGCAGUCGGGGACAGGCGUUGAAGACCAAGAUUAAGUACGUGGGUGGUAGUGUGGAGGCUGCUUGUGCGUUGGGUGUUGCUGAUGGCAUUGUCGAUUUGGUUGAAUCCGGCGAGACCAUGAAGGCAGCUGGCCUCAAGGCCAUUGAUACCGUUGUCCAGAGCAACGCUGUCCUGAUCAAAUCCAAGAACACCAAGAACGAGCUUGUAGAAUUGAUUUCCAGCCGUAUUCGCGGUGUCAUCGACGCACAAAAAUACGUCCUGUGCCAAUACAAUAUUCCCCGCCUCCAACUCGCGGCCGCCACAAAAAUUACUCCCGGCAAGCGUGCACCGACCGUCACGGCGCUUGAGGAAGCGGAGUGGGUUGCUGUUAGUGCUAUGGUUGAGAAGAAGAAGAUUGCCACUGUGAUGGAUGAGUUGAGCACUGUGGGAGCUACCGACAUUUUGGUUAUGAAGAUCGAGAAUACACGGUCUGCUUCAGUCUAG